UACACGUCCAGCUCAAACGACACCAAAAGAAUUUAUUCAAAAAAAUUUCAAUGUUAAGUAAAAAAUACCAACACAUGCGAGUGCGCAUUAAUAAAAUAAUUAGCGAUCGUGACAUGCUGCUGUGUUUGUUAUCCGUUGCGAUAUCGGUGACAGCAUUAGCUGCGGAUGGUGGAGAUGCUGAUGUGGACAAACGUUUUGUUUUGAGACCGCUUGACCCUUUGACACGACGGAGUGCACUCGACAAGAACUUCAUGCGAUUUGGUCGCGCACUUGACUGCUGGACAGCUGCUGAGACGCCAGUUAAACGUCAAGAACCGGGUGCCGCCGUAGGUAGAAGACUGGACUCCAACUUUAUCAGAUUCGGUCGCCGCGAUUCAAACUUUAUAAGGUUCGGUCGUGGUGAAGUGUACUCGCCAAACGACAACAGAAUUCCUCGGCGUCACUAUGAUGUGGAUGUAGACGGCUUGGAAGUCAGGUUUGGACGUUCAGUUCAAAAAAAUGACAACAUGGCUGCCCGUCCCGUAGCUGCUGCGGUUACUACAUUCGAUCGUUGACUCAAGAGGCCUUUCAUUGUGAAUUUUAGUGUUUAAUUUGCCCAGUGGUCUAGUUAUCUUUUACGUCUUCCAUUACUAGCAUUUGAUCAUUACUUUGUCACUAAUCAAUCCGACCGUUAAAUGCAGUUGAAAUUGAUUAUGCUAAUGAUAAACCGGGUUUUUCUUCGUGUUGGAAAUUCCAACCCAAAUUAUAAAACGGUGUAAUUUAAUUUGCAACAGUUUAAAAGUCUCGUUUUUUCAUAAUUAUAAAUACUAUGAAACAAAAAUAGCAUCAUGAAGGUUUUUUUUUUAAUGAACGUAAAGCAAACUGGAAAACUGUUUUUUUUUAAUAAUGUACAGUUUAAAUAUUUCUUAUAUACCACCAUCUUCUUUUUAUAUAAUUUCAGCUAAUGCCAUGAAAACAUCCAAAAUUAAUUUAUAUUUCAAAUUUAUUUAUUUUUCAACAAAUUUUAAGUUUUUAAAAACACGUUAAGUUUAAUUUAAUUAUAGGUUAAUUUAUAAAACUAAAUUUAAACAGCUAUAACUACUUUAAAAAUUGCGUAUACGAUAUUUAACUAAUUAUUUCAAGAGAUUGCUAAAAAAAAUUAUAAUAUUUUUGAAAACUAAUUAACAUAUUUGGUGAAAAAAAAUUAAAUUGUUAUACUCUUUACAUGAAACCUAUUUCAGUUAUUAUUAAAAUAAUUAAAUUGUAAAAUUUAUUAUUAUUUUUUUUUUUAUUGAAUACAUUUAUUAUAUAAGUAAUUUAAGGGUUAUUCAGAGUUAAACCUAACAGAAAUAUUAACAGAAAU